UACAUUUAAUCACUCUAAAAAAAUCAAAUGACUUUUUAAAAACUAAUUAGCUUUUGUAUUAUUUUACUUCAGAACUGCGAUGCAAGUUGCCAAGCUGACAUACCUAAAAGGAUUAAAACCAGGACUGUAUCCGUUGCUGUCAAACCCAAAAGCAGAGUAAAGGGUAAAAUAUGAAAGUUAAAACCUAUUUUAAAUGUUUGAAAAUUUUCUUUGGUGAAUAUAUGUUUUAUGUUCUGUAAGCCUACAUAAAGUGUUUUUUAUUAUUUUUGAUAUUAAUACUCACUGCAGGAACGCAAACAUCUUAUGUACAACCUGGGCCUGUCAUGGUUUCGGCAUCCACACAGACAGCUGAAGUUGUAACCACAGAAUCAGAACUGAUUGAUGACUUGAACAGCGAGUGUGAUAUCAUGGACAAUGAUUCAAAAGAUCUUGAUUAUGCAAUGUCUGAAACUUCAGACCUGGUGUCCAUGGAUGAUGGUCCAUCUGCAGAAACCACUACCAACCCGCAGCUUGGUCAGGAUAACCGAAUAUAUUUUAUAUUCUGGGUUUGCAUUGUCCAGCUUUUGUCAUGCUGGUGCAGUUGUCCUAACUGUGGAUGCAGAAAGAUUAUCUGGACCAAGAAAGAAUUUGGAACUCUUAUGAAACUUUGUGGUCACUCCAAUACAUGGAACAGUCAGCCAAAUUUUGGAAAAGUACCUGCUCUGUGCAAUCUAUUAUUGUUCUGGUAUUGGAAAAUAGCUUAA